AUGCCGGCCCCGGAUCUUCCGUCGGGCAGUCAUUAUGGAGACGCUGACGAGCUCGCGCACGACGUCUGGGCUCAUGCCGGAAGCUCGUCUUCUUCCAACCGCCGCUCGAUGACUGACGCCAAUGGAGGAGUUGGCGCAAGCAUGCAUGCUCCACCAAAUCGACGCACUGACCCCUCCUCGAGAGAGUCGUCGUACGAUGCAUCAGGCUUUCCUUCCAUGGGCCUGUCCACCAGGCUCAAUCGCACCAGCUCCUCGUUCGGCUCCAGGGCACCCACCAACGGUACCGAAGCUCGCAAACCCAAGUUUGCACCCUACGAAGCCGAGAACCUCUGGGUCACUUCUUCCUCUUCAUCUUCGCAUACCUUCAAACCUCCGCACAACGCCCUUUCGGCUAGCGCUUCCGUCUUGACACCAUCUCGAUACCAGCAACAGCAUUCGGACCCUCUCGCUGCUGCCAACGACUUUCAGGAUCCUCUCACCAGCGCGUACAGCUCGAGCCCCAAUAGGGCUGCUUCUGUGGAUCAAAUGAUUCAUCAGUCACAAGAAGCUGAGGCAUCGCACGUCGUCGACUCCAUGUAUCCUGAUGCGCAGCAAGGCGACGAGACCAUCCGCCAGGCAUCACGGAUUGGCGGCGCAGACUCGCAUCGAGGAGCGGCAGACACAUCAGAUACAAACGCAGAGGAGCAAGAUGACCAAGACGAUGAAGCUACAUUCGUCUACCCUGGAAUUGCUGAAUUGGAAAGCGGCUCAGUAACAGAACAGACCGCUCCAGACUCUCGAAAGGGGCAGGAUCCGACCGAUGCCUGGCCAGAGACACGCCAGCUUCCUGAGGACUCCGCAGACGAAGAUCGGAGCGCAAGUCAUGAUACUGCAGUCGCAAGAUCUCGACCUCAGGCCUCCAACCAUAACGAUAUCGACUACAACAUCCUAGCAGCUCUUUGCAGCCGCGGCUCUGUGUCUGACCUGCAGCGAUUCUUCGAGGAAGCGUGCUCCAGCCUAUCCGAGGGCCAAGGUGUCUCCUCCUUUGCGCUUGCCAACGACCCGAAUCCCAGCAACGGUCUCGUGCCACUUCACUACGCUGCCAAAGAGGGAAAGACCGACACUGUUCGCUGGCUCAUCACUCAAGCGGGAGCCAUCGUCGAAAUGGAAGAUCGCGAGGGCGAGACUCCUUUGCACAAAGCUGCCAUGGCCGGAAAGCUCUCCGUGGCUUCUCUGCUCCUGUCGCACGGCGCCGAUGCCAAUGCCAAGGACUCGGACGGCUGGACUGCGCUGCACAAUGCAUGCAGUCGCGGUUAUCUCGACCUUGUUCGCCUACUCAUCGAUCGUGGCGGGGCACAGAUCGACAUCCAAGGCGGACGAGGGGCAUGGACGCCGCUCAUGAAUGCGGCUUCCAAGGGUCACCUGCCCAUUGUGCGCCACCUGACCGCAAAGUACCACGCCGAUCCUUUCGUGCGCAACGCCGCCGGCGAGACCGCCUUUGACGUCGCCGCUGCCUCCUUUGAAGUCUACAUCUGCGAGGUGCUGGAGCGCUAUGAGGCCGAGCGAUGGAAUGCCGCCAAGUCAAAUCCUCCUUCGCAUACUCAGCCUGGUCAGAUCGUCCCCGGCCGCGGGCAUUACGAGCCUCUAGCUUUGCACAUUACCGUUCCCAUCAUCCUGCACGAGAAUCAGCGCCUCGAUACUCGACUCCAAACUCUUGCCAUGCAUGGCGCAAAGCCACGCUGGAGCUCCUCGAGUGCAGCCCGCGCUCACAAGCCAGAUCGCCGUUCGCCAAGCUCGAUGCCGCCGGGCCCUCUAGCUCCCAGUCGCACACGCCACGCUCCCGUUCGUCAAGAGGAUGUGGGCCUUCCUGCUCGCUCCGUACCCUAUAAGCUACGGAUUCGAACACGUGUUAAUCCGGCCGUGGCUCGAAGGCGAGCCGCAGCAGCUGUUGCCGCACAGCGCGCAAAUCAGCCGCAUCAUGGCCUCGAGGACGAUAUGGCAAGUACACCGACACCUGAAUCUGUCCUGCAAGCUCGCCGCGGCGGACGUAGCACCAAUGGUGCUCGUUCUGGCGACGCUGAGGAGGAGGCCUCUCACUUCUGGCUGAGCGAAUGGCAGCUGGAUACCACUCACCCACUCGUGGAUGUCGAACAAGGCUGGCAGUAUGCCCAGUCCUUUGAUGCGCUGGACGACAAGUGGUCAUCCCAGCCGCCGCCCCCGCUCGAGCGCCUACUUGAGGGACGUGGGCUGAGUGCCUCGGUGACGAGAGCUCUCACCGGUGGAGCCGGUCUGGCUAAUGCGCAAGCCGAGCAAGAAGCUUCGUCAGGUGGGUGGGUUCGCAGGAGACGAUGGAUCCGAGUCAUGCGCCGUCGUCUCGACAUCGAAUUCGGUGAUGAUCUGGAAGCCUGCGAAGGUGUCGGCUCGGGCGGGUCGGACGUUGGAACAGGACAUGGAACCGACCCGAAUGGCGCCGACGGUCACAGCCUGUCCACCGCUGCAAUCAUGGCCGCACAGGAAGCAGCUAAGCUGGAAUGCUCCCAGCUCGGGCCGGAUGCCGACUACGUCAGCCGUGCCAAGGCUCUUGCCGGCUCGAGCGCAGCCUCUGGUGCUACUCCUGCUGACGCACUCGGCGACGAUCGUGACGAACUUGCAAGGCGUAUCGCUCGACUGUACAUGGCCAUCACAGAGCUGCGCGCCGCUUUCGAAGACGACGAUGUCGAGCGCAGAAGCCGCGCUGAGGACCUGCGCAAGGAAUACACCCUUCAGCUCGGUCAGCUGCGAGAGGCAACCGGACUGGAUGAGGACGAGGACGAAGAUGCCGCCGACGAGGAUGACGAUGAGUUCAUCUACCCGAACUCGUACAAGGAUGACGGCGCCUCCGUCUUCACCCGUUUGGUCAACGGAGAGACGUCCGGCACUCUGUCCCGUCCGCCUAUCUCGCAGCGUCACAGCAGCGCUGCAACGUUACUACGCAACAGCGUCGCCCCCUCCGAGGCCGGUACAUCGCUCGCUGCAGCCCGCAGCGCCGAUCUCGCGGCCAACCGCGAAUUCCGCGUGCCCACCAACGAAGCGCCCAACAAGGUAACGCUCCGCACUGGGCCAGCCAUGCGCGAGCAAAACCUGCAGCCGCAGUGGGAACGCGACGAGGAGGCGAGAGACUGCAGAGGCUGCGGCCGUCACUUCACCUUCUUCCUUCGCAAGCAUCACUGUCGACGCUGCGGCCGCAUCUUUUGCGAUGCCUGCUCGUCGAGGCGUGCGCAGCUGAGGAUGGCCGAGAUUGUGGUCGAUCCGAGCCUCCCCGGCAUGGCAGCCUCGGAAAUGCUCGCUCCGACGCGCGUCUGCAACGGCUGCCACGCUGAACUCCAGCUGCCUCCGCAAUUGCAGACCAUGCGGGGUGCGGAAGCCAUGAUGGCUGUUUCGCAAGCGCGGGGCGCAGGCGAAGCGUCCAGCCGCUCUGGUGCACAGACGCAAUUGGAUGAGGCCGGACUUCACUCUACGUUGGCGGCCCCGAGCGAUGUCUCGAGCCGGGCCAGCGAGCUGACUGAAUGUCCGGUCUGCUCCACCUCGCUCUCCGCGCUAGGCGGGUCCGAAGAGCAGGAGGCUCACGUGCGUAACUGUCUCGAGAACGGCGGAGGUGGAAGCAUGCAAGGCGGACGCUACCUCGUUUACAAACUGCCGGGCGACUCGCCGAUCGUGGGCAAAGAGUGCUCGAUCUGCAUGGAAGACUUUGUUGCCAACAGCACGAUUGCGAGACUGCCGUGUCUUUGCUACUUCCACCGUGGUUGCAUCGACUCUUGGUUCAAGAGGGGACGGGAAUGCCCCGUCCAUGCUAGAUCGUGGUAG